CGCCCGGCAGGCAGUCAGUGAUGAGUGAGAGUGAGACAGACAGCCGGCUCGACCCCAGAGACGCCCAGAGACUUGCAGUGCCGUGCCGAACAAAGCGCUUGGCGCCUCUUGAACCAGAGUCCAGUCGGUACCAGUGAACCGCUCCCUGCUGCUCCUCCACGUGGGAGGCGUUCAAGUGCACCGUUCUAGUCCGCCAUCGCCAUGAGCGUCGUCGCGCCCUCUGCCUCUGCCAUGGAGCGGCUGGGCGAAUGGAUCGCCAGCCGGCCGGCGGGCCAGGUCGUCGUCAGGGGCGUGGACGCGGUGCUGCGCGUGGUGGAGAAGUCCCUCAUGUGGUCCACGCAGACCGCCCAUCGCCCCCCUGCCUGCAGCCACGGCAACGAAGCCGGUGCCGAGGAUUCCGACUCGAUAGUGGUGGUGGUGGCUCGUCCCCUGGCAUGGCCCCUGUUCCUGCCCCUGCUUGGCGUGCUGGGAGUCGUCAGGGUCACAUUCUACUGCUUGACCCGUGUGUUUUUGAAGCCUCGUGAUACUACAGACAUGAUCCACUGGCUUCAAGGUAAGCGACGUCGCUUACGUGCUGUUUUGUCGGCUGGCUUGAAGAACAUGGGGCACAAGCAUUGUGGCGGCAGACCUGACAGGACUCCUAAUGGAACACCAUGCGCCAAGGUUAAGAUUGCAUCUGCAACUACACCGGAUCAUGAGCGCAAGCGCAAGUAUGAUGAUGUUGAGCAGUCUGACUGGACAGAUUGCAGUGACGAUGAGAGCACAGCUGUGAAGCUUGAGAAAUGUGCCGAGGACUAUCAUAGUGACAGUGAUCCAGACUACGUGCCCAAUGGUGAUGAAGAUGGUGACUGCUCAGCUUCCUCUGAGGAUGAAGAUAUUGAGGAUGAAGAGGGAGCUGUGCUGGUGAAUGGUUCCCUCCCUGACGUUCCAGUCCCCCCCACCCUUGGAGCUUUUGUCCCAAGCAUUGUCACUGUGGAGCCUCCGGAGUCGGUCAGUGACUAUGGUAAAGCCAAAGCAGAAUCUCCCAGCAGCACUGGAAGUAGUGUAACUUCAAUACCAUUAAGCCCCAAGUCCAAGUUGGCCAGGUUCUUCAGGCGUGGCAGCAAGAACAAACAACCAUUGUGAUAGCAGUGUGUGCAAGUGUGAUUUAAGUUAUUCAUUUUUAGCUCUCUUUUACUUUUCAUGUUCUAUCCUUGUGGUCCUUUACAUUAUUUCAUGCUAAAGUUCACUAGUUGUGUGUAUAUAAUUUUAGUCUCAUUUGUCAUUCAUUUACCUGUACUUGCCAUGAUGCAUUAUUUUGCUAAGUUUUCUUUCAACAUGCAUUUCUUUUUUAUCCAUUUGAACAUUUAA